GUAUCUCCUCCCAAAGUGUGAAACAUUCAAUUGUAAAGCAUCCAAAUUCAGAAUCAUCGUCAUGCAGCCCUGUUGCAGCUCCUAGGAAGAAGAUACACCAAUCUACAGGUAUCUAUUUGGUUAAAGAUGGUGAACCAUCAGAUGAGGAGUUGGAAUGUCUGUCCAGGGAACUUGCAGGAAAAUGGAAGACAUUAGGAAGACGCCUGGGAUUCAACGAAGCUGCAAUAGAUGACUUUGAUCAAGCCAAUAAGGAGCUGGCAGAGAAGGCUUAUAAAAUGUUAAUGGCUUGGAAACAAAAAGGAGGCUGCGAAGCUACUUACAAAGUUUUGUACGAUACCUUGUGUCACAAAUUGGUGGAAUGUAAACGUCUAGCAGAGCAGUAUUGUUGCGAUGAGAUUGUAGGAAAUGACUCUCCUUAGUCAUAUACGAUAGAGACUGAGUCGUUUCUGUAUUACGUCAAAUAUCUUUGUGAGUACUCUAAAGAGCGUCUGUGUCGAGCAUUCGCGCUUAGUAAGUCGUUCGUCUUCCUUGCGAUUCAAGAUAGGGGAAAGAUUAUCUCUAAAAAAAAAACAUAUUUACCCGUAUUUUUGCACUCGAGAACCGCUAGCUAAAGAAUACUAAGGUCGGAAUUCACUCAGACGUCCAGAACGACAGAGCUGAAUAACGUCUGCGCAUGCGCUACGCUUUGGCGCGGAUUUUGAGUCGUUUGCACGUUGGAUGUGCUAUGCUAUAGAUUCUAGGCGUUUUUUUACAGAAUAACUUCCAGAAUAACUCCCAAAAACUUUGUACACCCCUUAGAUAUUUUUAGAAUUUAAUUUUCUUCUUUAAAACACUGGAAAUAGGAAAAUGCCUUCAACGACAACAAAAUGCCUUGGUUUUAAAUGCCAGCCCUAUUUUUCGCCGCAAAUUUCGCUGAAUUUUAACCUCGAGCGCUUGAGCCCGUGUUAUUGACCGUAUAACUGUGACGUAGCAUUUCGUUAUUUAGCUCUGUCGUCCAGAGCAUGUGAAGCACAUUACUACCCUCAAGCAUCUUAUUUCAUACUUCACAGCUUGACAUUAGAAUGCAUUUUCUCCUUAUUAUUCUCUGUGCAUUUCCUAAGGAACAGACAUAGAGAAUUGGUUUAACAGUUAAGAGCUUCUUAAGUUAGAGAUCAGUUACUAUAUUCUCGUGUUCUUAAUUUUUGAUUUAGGUUGACACUGUAAGGAAAAAUUAGAUGCUAGACACUAUUUGAGUUGAAUUAAUCGUUUGUGGUUAGCUUGAAUUAACAGAAUAAUUUUGUAAAGAGUGAGAUUCUCCUUUUCUCAGUGUGGUGGAUAAGUAUAAAACGUGUAACGGCCUUAGAUUACAAAAUUUGUAGAUGCCGAGCUACCUUUUUGUUUCUAAAAAGUGUGAAAGUCCAGCAAAAAUCAAAUACAAAAUGUCUCUU